CGGCGUUGAAAUGAUACCGUGGGAAAGCUUGUCGGUUCAUACGAACGAACUUCUGUCUCACCUGACACACGCUGAGGAUACGCUCUGUAAAGUUAUCGGAAAAUGAAAAGAAAUCACGACUUUAGCUCCUCAGACAGUGAGCUUGAUGAGAAUAUCGAAGUGGAGAAGGAGAGUGCUGACGAAAAUGCUGUGAAUUCUCCCCACGGAUCAGUGUCUCCAUCCACAACCUCUCAAGUGCAAGCGAGAAAACGUCGUAGAGGGAUCAUCGAGAAGCGCCGCAGGGACCGGAUAAACAACAGUCUGUCGGAGCUGCGCAGGCUGGUGCCCAGCGCGUUCGAGAAACAGGGCUCUGCUAAACUGGAAAAAGCUGAAAUUUUACAGAUGACCGUAGACCAUUUAAAGAUGCUUCAUGCAGCUGGAGGAAAAGGCUACUUUGAUGCUCAUGCUCUGGCCAUGGAUUACCGUGGUUUGGGUUUCCGUGAAUGUCUGGCGGAGACGGCACGUUACCUCAGUAUCAUCGAGGGCCUGGAUAACACCGACCCCCUCCGCAUCCGCCUGGUUUCGCACCUGAACAGUUAUGCCUCCCAGAGAGAAGCUCAUUCGAGUUUGGGCCACUUGACAUGGGGCUCUGCAUUCGGGACACCGCCCGGACACCUGGCUCACCACCUCCUCCUGCAGCAGCCUCGCAGCACCAGCAGCCCUCCAUUGUCCAGUUCUUCAUCGCCCUCCUCCUCAUCUCCAUCCGCCCCCUCCACAGAGCCACACGCCCCCAGCAGGCUGACUGGCACGGUGAUUUCUGAGGCAGGGCGGACAGGAUCGCUGCGGGUGCCGCCGACCCUGCCCCCUGGGCUCACACCGCCUACUACAUCCAAGCUUUCUCCACCCCUCCUGACCUCACUUUCGAGCCUGUCGGCUUUUCCCAUCCCGCUGAGCACAUUUCCUCUGCUGUCUCAGAGCUCUCUGGGCCCCGCAGCUCCCUCCAGCAGCCUGGGGAAGCCCUACAGGCCUUGGAGCAUGGAAAUAGGGGCCUUCUGAACUCAAAAACAUGAACGCUGAGGACAGACAGUCAGUUAGAAAUGAAUCAUUUUCUGUAACAUCUGACUAUUUUGAAGAGUUGGACAGAACCGCAGACUUGUACAAAGGGUAAAAGCGAAUACAGAUCCAAAGUACUUAUUCUAAUUACCCUGUCCUGUCUCGGUUUGAGCAGAGAUGAGUUCUGGAGAUGGUUGGGUUCUCGUACAUCAGUUUUGAGAAAAUCUAGUUCUUUUGUCUCUCAGUGGAGCAAGGUAUGCUGAGAGAGAGAGAGACAGAGAGAGACAGAGAGAGAGAGAGAGAGAGGUAAUUUGGAGCAAAAGCAGAUGAGAU